GAAAUACCAAAGUUUGGUAGCUUUUACCGGACUAUAAAAGGCAGUUUGAAUUGGGGCAAAUCAUCAGUUCCGAGAGUGAUUCUACUGAGAAUUAGAGGAAGAAAUUUCCAUAGAAUCCAAUAGAGGCUGAAAUGAGGAGUCUAGCAGUGAUCAUUCUGGUCGUUGGUGUUGCGUUUGUACCAUGUUUGGUACAAGGGGCAUGCAGUUGUUUCUAUCCCGCCUACAAACCAGAUCCUAGCAACCCUUCCAACUAUAUAGUUUGUGAUAAUUGUGUCGAGAAAGUUUUGACUUGUCCCAAUGGGCUUAUCUGGAAUAACACAAAACAGUCCUGCGUUUGGAAAACUUGUGAGGGUGGCGAGGGAGGAGGAGUCACUUCUGGGCCAGGCACUGGAACUGGAACUACUGGAGGAAGCACUGCAAGUACUGCAGGUCCAGGAUCUGAAUGUACGGACGGCCAAUAUACAAGCGGCAGUGAAAGUUGCAAAUACAAAGUUUGCGAAAAUGGAAAAUAUAUUGAUAGAAAAUGUCCUGAUGGACUACUGUGGAAUGAUGCAGUAAAGGCUUGCGAUUGGCCUUGUAAUGCUGGCAAUGGCAAUGGCACUGGCGUUACUCCUCCACCCGGCCCCGGCACCACUUCGAAUCCUGGGACAGGAGGCACUGCAAGUCCAGGUUGCGGAGAAUGCGAUACCGGCUCGUAUGCAGCAGUAGACGGUGAAGCCUGCAAGUUCAAGGUGUGUGAUAACGGCUGCUGGUCAACAUUGAAGUGUCCUGAUAGUUUGAUUUGGGACCAAAAUGCUAAAGCAUGCAAAUGGCAAACCUGUGCAAACUGUCAGUGUUCCAGUUGAAAAGCAACGUGAUUGUGAUGACUAAAUAUAUAAUUACCAGGCGCCAGAAAAUGGACUACGAUUUGGAUACACAUAUUUAUUAAUCCUAUUUCAAAUUAUACAUAUACAAAUGUAGCCACACUUAUAACGAAUUAUACAAGCAGAGCAUCAGA